UCUGCGGCUACUAUCCAGUGUAUAUAUAACAUAAGUCCCCAAAAUAGCGACGAGAGAGUUUAGUAUCCAAUAUUACCCAUUCAGCCAGCACUGAGAGAAGUCAGUGGGGAUCACGUGCUCUGUCUGCAGGAUACUCAUUGCUGCACGGGAGAAAGAUGGACUUAAAUUAAACUGACCACCAGAACGCAUCAGAAGCCGCAGUGGGCACUUCACCCAAGUGCUGCACUUUACGCCAGGGUAAGAAACUCCUUGCGCAACGCAGGCCCCAAGAGGAAACGCAGGGCGACAACUGCAUAUUCAUCAAUCGGAAUUUUGCUUUCCCUCUCCUUUGGACAUCCGGCAGACUUUACCCAACGCUGACCCUUUCCAAAAAAGUUUCGCUUGGUUCUACUUCCAUCGGACGGUGUGGAUUUAAAGAGUUUGGACUGAGGAGAGGAGAUCUACCUCUCAUGUGCAGAUCAAGAGCCGUUUGCAGCAACAGAAGGCUUAUUGAGGUGAGGAGAGGACAGGGCAGGUUUGUGUUCGUGACAUCACAAGUUUCUUGUUUCAUCCUCCCUGCUCCGUGAUAUUAAGGCGUCCAUUUGACCCGGCACAAGUUGUCAACAAGGGGGACUGAGAGGCGAACUGGCAGGUGUACAAGUUCAUUUACAUGCACGGAACCGCGCGACCCCAGCGCCGCUAUAAAUAGCAACUGUUUUAAGGACUACAUACAGCCUUCUCGGGCGCGUGCAUAUGUAUUAAAGUCGUCUGUAUAAAUUACCCACGCGAGCCUUUCGACCGGCAACUGAUAACGUGCGAGCUGUGUGAGCAAAUAGUGCCCAGUGAUUAUUAACCCCCACCCCAAACACACACGCGUGUCUCGCAUGGACUGACAUGGCCACCGAUCUCGCCAUGAGCGCGGAGCUGCCCAACAGUCCUCUGGCCAUCGAGUAUGUCAACGACUUCGAUCUGAUGAAGUUUGAAGUGAAGAAGGAGCCGCCGGAGGUGGAGCGGUACUGCCACCGCCUGCCCCCGGGAUCCCUGUCCUCCACCCCGCUCAGCACACCCUGCUCCUCGGUGCCCUCCUCGCCCAGCUUCGGGGCUCCCAGUCCAGGAGCACCGCCGGGCCACAACCUGCCCAACGGCGUCAACAACAAUAGCAACAACAGCAACAACAACAACAACAACCCCAACGCUGGCGGAAAAGCACAGCUGGAGGACCUCUACUGGAUUCCCAAUUACCAGCAUCACAUUAACCCGGAAGCCCUGAACCUGACGCCGGAAGACGCAGUGGAGGCCCUCAUUGGGAACGCGCAUCACCAUCAUCAUCACCACGCGCAAUACGAGGGUUUCCGUGGAGGGCCCCAAUACGCCGGGGAGGACCUGUCAGCCACCGCCAACGGCCACCACCACGCGGCCCACCACCACCAUCACCACCACGGCCAUCACUCGCACGCGCGCCUGGAGGACCGCUUCUCCGACGAGCAACUGGUAAGCAUGACGGUGCGCGAGCUCAACAGGCAGCUGCGCGGCUUCAGCAAGGAGGAGGUGAUCCGCCUGAAGCAAAAGCGCCGGACCCUGAAGAACCGGGGCUACGCGCAGUCCUGCCGGUUCAAGCGCGUGCAACAGCGGCACAUGUUGGAGAGCGAGAAGUGCACGCUGCAGAGCCAGGUGGAGCAGCUGAAACAGGAGGUGGCUCGCCUCGCCAAAGAACGGGACCUGUACAAGGAGAAGUACGAGAAGCUCGCCAGCCGCACCUUCAGUGGUGGCGGUGGUGGAAACAGAGACGCGUCGAACGGGAGCCACGGGAAAGGAUCCAAUGAUUUUUUCAUGUCUUAGACGUUUCCCAUUGACUGUCUUAUUUGUCUCAACCACCACAUGUGUGGUGUUUCUUUGUUUUCAGUGUGAAGUUUUGUUUACAGUUGUACUCUAAAUGGACGCACACACUCACACACACAGUGACUUUAGGCUGAAGCCCCACAGGGCAGGGUCCUGCCUGUGUGUGUAGGCCUAUACGUCGAAAAUAUUCUGUAGUCUUAAUCACAAUUUAUGUCUGUAGUAAGGCGCAGUGGACCUUAUUACACGAUGAGCGACCGUUGACCUACAAGGGAUCAUUUGAAACAAACAUCCCCUGUCAAAUAGAGACGUUUAUUUUUAUCUUUCAGUUACAUGUUUUAAAAGUCUUACCAGAGAAUUGGUCUCCACAGUACAGUGCAGUGAGUGACUGCGGCUACUCAGAAUUUGAGACUGUCUCAUUCACGGCCACCUGUCGCGGUGUCAUUGCGCCAUGCAGUCUUAAAGGGAAGGGGGACUUAACUGGAAGUGAUAUGGUGGGCUUGUGCCGGGGCCUGCAGCUCCUCGGACGCAAAAUGAACAAGUGACAAGUGACACGCAUACGUCACUCGCCCAUGGCCUGGGGAGUUGGAGGAACGCAGAGGGCGCACAGAUAUGGAACAAACAAAAAGAGCAUUGGCGUGCUAGCUCCAUUUUUACGCACUCGAACACACUCUCUUCCUCUCUCUCCCUCUCCCACUCACUCUCAUUCACUCUCUCUCUC